AUGGCAACCGCAAUUGCAUCUCAAACCUCGGAGGAUCAAAUCAGAAUACUUAUAAAACAAAAUGCCAAACGAACACGUUCUCUCUUCGCCGACACCGAGUCAACCCCCGAUCUCAAAUCUACAGAAACCGCAGAUAAAUUAGCCUUAGUAGGAAGAGUGCACGCCGAAUACGAUCAUGUCCGAGAAUUACCACCUGCACUAGCCGCAAAACAAGCUGCUGCAGCCGGAAACAGGAGGAAGAAGACGAAAGUACAAGCCGAUGGAGAAACAGCUGCGGACAACAAUACGCUGAAGAUGAUCGAGGGAAUCCCAUCACGAAUUGAGAACUCCGGGGCUGGAGCUAGCACAAGUCUUAUAAUCAGAGGCAAAGACACACCACCUAAUGCAAACGGGCCUUCAAUAUCUACAGCGCAAAGCAAUUUACCAUCUAGCAGUCUAGUGCGCAAACAAAACUUCAUCCAGCCAAAACCCGAAUGGCAUGCUCCAUGGAAACUAAUGCGCGUGAUAUCCGGACACUUGGGCUGGGUGCGCGCACUUGCUGUCGAGCCUGAGAAUCGAUGGUUUGCAUCUGGAGCUGGAGAUCGCACGAUUAAGAUUUGGGAUUUGGCGACUGGAGGACUAAAGCUUACGUUGACGGGACAUAUUUCGACAGUGAGGGGAUUGGCCGUCAGUCCAAGACAUCCUUAUUUAUUUAGUUGUGGAGAGGAUAAGAUGGUCAAGUGUUGGGAUUUGGAGACGAAUAAGGUGAUACGACAUUAUCAUGGACAUUUGAGUGGUGUUUAUACUUUGGCUUUACAUCCUACGCUGGAUGUGUUAGUUACGGGUGGUAGAGAUGGUGUUGCUCGGGUGUGGGACAUGAGGACGAGGAGCAAUGUCCAUGUGCUCGCAGGACACAAGGGGACGAUAUCAGAUUUGAAGUGUCAGGAAGCGGAUCCGCAAAUCAUCACAUCAUCUCUCGAUUCUACAGUCCGACUGUGGGAUUUGGCAGCCGGCAAAAGUAUGGGUGCACUUACACAUCAUAAGAAAGGUGUUCGAGCACUAGCCAUCCAUCCCAAGGAAUUCACCUUCGCCAGUGGGAGUGCCGGGAGCAUCAAACAAUGGAAAUGUCCCGAAGGAGCAUUUAUGCAGAAUUUCGACGGCCAGAACGCCAUCAUCAACACUUUGAGCGUCAACGAAGAUAACGUCUUAUUCUCAGGAGGCGACAAUGGAUCCAUGUCUUUCUGGGAUUGGAAAACAGGCCAUCGAUACCAAGCACUUGAUUCCAUCGCGCAACCAGGUUCUCUCGAUGCCGAAGCCGGAAUCUUCACUUCGUUAUUCGACAAGACUGGAUUGAGAUUAAUCACAGGAGAAGCGGAUAAAACUAAAACCCACCCUCUAGAAUGGAAACCCGAACUUGGCCGUCGAAAAUUUUAG